AUGCAUGUCUCAACACUUUGCGUAUGCUUGCUCGGUGCCAUUUGGGCACAGGGACGAUCAGUUAGCGAUGCUACACGUACUUUUAUACCGUUCCAGUUAGUCAACGGUACCUCGACCGCGGAAAUCAUAUCCCAAGCAGGCAAUCUCGACGGGCCAAAGUUGAAGCCCGGCGUCAACGACACGACAUUCGAUUGGUGGUACUUUGACGCAGUCUCCACAACCUCAAAGAACGAAUCGCUCACUAUCGUCUUCUACAACUCCGGUCCCAGCAGUUUGGGCAACCCUGGCGGUCCGCUUAGUGUCCAGAUCUCGGGAGUCCUUGCUAACGGUACCACCUUCGUGACCGCUGUUGAUGCAACUGGAGGUACGACCGUCGAAAACGACAACAACAACGGGAUCUUCUCCAUCUGGAACGGCGCUGGUGCGUCCUUUGCGGGAACUAGCCUAGAGCAUGACAGCCCUGAGUAUACCGUCACCGUCAACAACCCAGCAAUUGGCGUCAAUGGCACGCUCAAUCUUAGAUCGUUGUCCCCUCCUCAUUACCCCUGCGAUAUAAACAGACCAGGCAUGUCCCAAGAAAUCAUCCCUAAUGUGUACUGGUCCAACGCAGUGCCCGACGCCGUUGCAACCGCAGAUUUCACUAUCGCAGGAAGUUCGCUCAGGUUCACGGGCAAUGGCUAUCACGACAAAAAUUGGGGCUCCACUAUUCUGAGUGACACUUUCGACACUUGGUAUUGGGGCCACGCACGCCUUGGUCCAUACUCGCUCGUCUGGUUCGACACUCUGACACAGGACGGAAAGGAGCACUUCUCGUCAUGGAUCACCAAGGAUGGCAAGAUUUUGUCCCAAAGUUGCCAGCCAAAGUCGGUUAUCGUCAGGCCAUGGGGAGACAACAGCGAGUAUCCCCCGUACCCUAAGUUGGCUGCGCCGUCAGGCUAUACUAUUCGCUACGACCUUGAUGGGGGUAGCUCGUUUGUUGCCAAUUUCACCAGGGAGAACAUUCAAUUGUCGACUAACACCUACAAGAGAAUGACUGGGACGAUUGUAGGCGGUGUCGAGGGUGGCGAACAGUAUGAGGGUCAGUCGCUAUGUGAGCAGUUCCAAUACUAG